AUGUCAGCUACUCGAAUAUUUGUCAUCUCUGGAUGCUUUGCAUCUGGACUCGUCAUAGCUCUUGCUAUGACAAUGCUUGUUACUAUAUUCUCUCAAAUGAAUAAGUUAUAUGAUGACGUCAUGCUGGAUAUGAUUGACUUCAGAACUUUCGCUGACGAUGCUUGGCGUGAAAUGAUAAGAACUAACAAUGGGUUCGGAAGUUACAAUAAAGAUGCAAAGGACUUCAACUUGUUUUUUGGACGCGCUAAAAGAUCUUCGAGUUCGUGUGGAUGUAGUACAGGACCCAAUAACUGCCCUCCUGGAGCCCCGGGGCACCCAGGAAGCCCUGGUCAUCCUGGACUUCCAGGCAAGGCAGGAAAGUCCGGAAAAGCAGGCAAUCAUGCUAGACAUCUGUACAAAAAAGCUAGUCAACCCAGUAAGUGUUUUGUCUGUCCUGUUGGGCCAGCAGGCCCCCGUGGAUCACCGGGAAAAGCAGGAAGCGAUGGAGUACCCGGACUCAAUGGUUUGCCAGGUAAUUCCGGAAGAUCAGGAGAACCUGGAAUGCGAGGUGACUCUGGAGAGCCAGGAGCUCCUGGAGAUAUUGGACAAACUGGCAUGACUGGACCACCAGGAAAAUCUGGUCGACAAGCAUCUAGAUCAGUUGGAUUGCCAGGAAACCCCGGACCUCCUGGGCAACGUGGAAACACUGGAAGCACAGGGUCAGCGGGUUCGCCAGGAGAAACCGGACCGGCUGGACCAACAGGUCAACCUGGUCGUCUCGGAGUGAGAGGAUUAGAUGGAGUUGUAGGACCUAUGGGCAGCUCUGGUAGCCCAGGAACUGAUGCGGCCUACUGCUCUUGUCCACGAAGAACUCAAGAGGUGAUCAUAGAAGAACCAACUGUAACACCUAGAACACCUGUGGAUGAUUGCAAGGAGAAUGGAAAUUGUAAUCAGGAACAACCGGAACAACCUCCUGAUAUACCAGAUGAUGACUGUCCCGGACCUAACUGCGAUAUCACGCGAGAGCCUACUCCUCGGCCUGAUGAACCUUGCGAAGGACCAGACUGCGAUGAUUUACAGCCACCUCGAAUUACGCGCCCCCCUGAAUCAGUGGAGGAAGGUUGCCAAGAGCCAUUCUGUGAACCACCGCAACAACCAACUGAUAAGCCGGAAGAACCAUGUGAUGGAACUGAUUGUGAACAACCAAAUCCACCUCGUCCAACCAGACUACCGAAUGAUGAUUGUCCAGGACCAAACUGUGAAUUCCCACAGAGACCUACACCUCGCCCAGAAGAACCCUGCGAAGGGCCUGGUUGCGAGGAACCAGACGCACCUCCAACUACUCCUCGUCCUGUAGUUCCUGAAGAUUCUUGUGAGGGACCCGGAUGUGAACCUCCUCCUUUUACAAGACCUCCCAAAACACCUGAUUGUGAUGGAAGCAACUGUCCCUCUGAAUUCCCAACACCACCCAGCAUAACUUUGAAUGAAAAACCGGAACGACCAAACGAAGAACCGGAGCCAUGUGUUGACUCUAACUGUGAUUCUGAAAUGGAGAACUCUCAUUAUCCUCCAACAAAACGUCCACAAACCGAUGAGCCAACCGUUGUGAAACAACCUCCCAGACCAAGGCAAGAAUGUGAUGGAGAUGAUUGUGAGUACGAGGAACCUCAUCGUCCUGUGAAACGGCCUCACAGACCUCAGCACGAAUGCGAUGGAGAUGAUUGUGAGUACGAGGAACCACAUCGUCCCGUGAAACGGCCUCACAGACCCCAGCACGAAUGCGAUGGAGAGGAUUGUGAGUACGAGGAACCUCGUCGUCCCGUGAAACGCCCUUAUAAACCUCAUCAAGAAUGCGACGGAGAUGAUUGUGAGUACGAGGAACCACAUCGUCCCGUGAAACGGCCUCACAGACCCCAGCACGAAUGCGAUGGAGAGGACUGUGAGUACGAGGAACCUCGUCGUCCCGUGAAACGCCCUCAUAAACCUCAUCAAGAAUGCGAUGGAGAGGACUGUGAGUACGAAGAACCUCAUCAUCCUGUGAAACGGCCUCACAGACCUCAGCACGAAUGCGAUGGAGAGGAAUGUGAGUACGAGGAGCCUCAUCGUCCAGUGAAACGACCCAAUACACCAGAGCAUGAAUGCGAUGGAGAUGAUUGCGAGCAACCUGUACCAAGUACAAGAACUCCACCAAAAACAUAUUUAAGAUGUGAAGGUAACACCUGUCAAGAAUUGCCAUGGAAUCCUUCACUGCGUAUUUGCAAAGGUCCAGAAUGCCAGCCUAAUAACGAGCCAAACCCAUCUCCUCCUCCAUAUACAACACCUCGUUGUGAUGGACCAGCAUGCCAAACUCCAUAUGAGCCUUACAGGACACAAACUCCUUUCAAACCACAACCAUAUCAAGAACCAUUCUCUCCAUGUGAGGGACCAGGAUGUCCACCAGUGAAUACACCGUAUGGACCCCGACAACCUUACAGCCAUCAACCAUACCAACCUUGUAGUGGACCAGGGUGCCCACCUAAUCAGGACUCCUAUCCACAGCCGCAAACAUAUAAAACACCCUACACACCGCCUUGUGAAGGAUCACACUGUCCAACUUCUCCAACAUCAUACCCACCAAAUCCGUAUCGACCACCAACCAAUUACUGGCCUCAAGAACCUUACGGGCCUUCAAACCAACCCAGAAGUCCUCAUCCAACAGGUUCAUACCCACCGUACACAUCACAGUAUCCAUACCCACCUUUGGAUACUAACAAACCUUGUGAAGGUCCACAGUGCCCUCCACAAUAUCCUUAUUAUCCACCACGAGAUGCUUAUCCUCAAAUUCCAGCUGAACCGGCAAAAUCUUAUCCUGAACCUCCCGUUCCUUACCAAUAUCCAACUCCACCUCCAUAUUCCGAAGAAUCAUCCACUUCAUAUCCAACAACUCCAUCAACCACUGUGAGGACAACAACUUCUAGACCAAGAACUACGACUAGAUCAACAACAACAAGAAGAACAACAGCAAGAACUACGACCAGAGCAAAUAAUCCAUACGAAGAACCAUCUAUUCCUGAUUAUACUCCUUCUCCACCAGCUUCUUCCCCAUCACCUCCUUCUCAGAAGUACAGUUACCCGAAUGAGCCUCCAAAACUGACUUAUGAUAGCUCCUCAUAUGAUACUACUCCAUCGUAUGAUUCUCACGAUUCCAACUCUUUGCCUGUGCCUUCAUCUCAUCCCGCACCACGACCUAACGAUCUCUAUAAAAUGAACUUCUUCCCCUCACCAAACAGUAAUCAACCUUCAAUUCCUUACAUAAUUGGUGUGCGUCGGAAAGUCAGUCGUGAACGUCCAAUACCUCCAUCGGCUCCACCUCGUGCAGGAUAUCUUCACUAA